GAUGGGGUCAGAUCUUGGCCUACAUGGCUUUCUGCGAGGUCUCCCAGGAACAGACCCCAGGAAGUGAUGCGUAUGCUGGAGACUUUGGAUUCAAGGUGUUGACCUCUUCUGACCCGGCUGAGAAAACCAAAAAGCUUAAUGCCGAAAUCGCUAACGGAAGACUUGCGAUGAUGGCCAUCAUCGGCAUGUUUUUCCAG